GUAGCCGUUCGAGAGAGUGGUGGUUUAUUGUGGCUCACGCUUCAAUGGAGAGAAGGGUGGUUUUCGAGGCGAUCAAGACGCAUCCGAUGAUCCGACCUGUAAGCAUUGUAGUAAAUCUGUUGCUGGUCCGAUUCGUAUUCUUCGCCAGAGGGAUUUUCAUUGAUUCGGCUAAGAGAUUCACAAUUGUACCUGAUCCCAAAUGUGGCCCUGCUCUCUUUUCGAUCGUUGCUCGAGUGAGAAGAGAAAAGGUCUUAACUCCCUCAUACAGCAACUGUAAUGGCUGUGAAGGAGACCUUAAGGCCGGCCUCUUGGCACUUUUUUCGCUACAUUAUUCUUGGUGGAUGAGAUUUAUUGAUGCUCAGGGUGAUCAUCGAAGAAGAACCUGAUCCGUGAGGAAACGGCUUUUCUAUUAGAUGUUUUGAGGCCAAAUCUUCCUGAACAUAGUUUCCUUCAAACAAAGGUCUUGAUUUACGCGUUCUUUGUUAAUGCUAUCUAACUUCCAUUUGGAUAGUUGCUGCUCUUUUCAGCCACUAUAACACUUUUAUUUUAUAUAGGUCCUGGAAAUCAAUCUGUUAACUUUUUCAAAUGUAGCUGACGCUAUUGAACAAUUGUGUGUGCUUGAGAUAUGUGAAUAUAAAUUUGAAUGAAUAUAAUCAUUGGUUGA